AUCAUUUAUCGAAAUCUAACCUUGCUAAAACGACCGUAUACUUGUUCUGUUCCUCUAGGGCGAUUCCGAGGCCAAGGCCUAUGAUCCUGUUGGUUCCAUCCGCCGUUGUUUGUGUGAAGUGAGAAAAGACAUCGGACAUGGAGGUCAAUAGCUCUGAAGGAUUCACUUCCAGGAGGAACAAGGCCAUCGUGCACGCUCUUUGCAAGCGGCUUCUCCUCGAUCCGGAGAAUUUAUUUAGCGAGAGUGCUGGGACUUGUGACAUUCCACACUUAAUCUCAAACAUUUUCCAGUCAUCAGCAAAUGAUACUUCUUUCUCAAAGAAUCAAGAUGAGGUGAUGAAGUGGGCAACCUUUGCUAAUAAUGUACCUGAUAAAAAAGAUGCUUAUCACGCUGCUCUUAAAGAUUUGAAUGAAGAUUUAGUCCAGAAAUCGGUUCUUUUGGGAGGAUUAAAACCCUCAGUAGCUGAUAUUAUUGUUUUUUCAGCUCUGCAUGAUUUUGUGAGUCACAUUUCUAAUAAAGAAGCACAAAACUACCCACACGUGAUCAGAUGGAUGGACUAUAUCCAGAACAAUGAAGAUUUUGGUGGAGUUUUUGAUAUGAUUGUGGUCAACAAAGCCCCAUUUGAACAUUUUUGCUCAAUAGACACAUUAGAUGCCAACCAGACCGCCAAAAAAAUGUCUCAGACCACAAAAUCUGUGGAGAAGUCAGAAGGAAACAUGAAUUUGAAGAAAGAUCUUCCAGAGAAAAAAGCACCUGUUGAUGAUAAAGCCUCAAUUGAUUCAAAUAAGGUCAUUAAAGCCGCUGUUGUGAAAGCUGCUACAGAAUCAACUAAGAAAAACACAGAGGAGAAAAAGAAGCCUUCAGAGAAGGAGUACUCUGAAAAGGAUAUAGAAUGCUCUAUUACUAUUCUUAAUGUACAGGUAGGUCUUAUUCGCAAGGCAUGGAAGCAUCCGUCUGCAGACAGUUUGCUUGUUGAAGAGAUAGAUUUGGGAGAUAAUAACCAACGCCAAGUAGUUAGCGGACUUGCCAAGUAUUAUAGUCCAGAUGACCUAAUUAACCGCCGUGUGGUUUUAAUCACAAAUGUGAAGCCCGGGAAAUUGCGAGAGGUGAUGUCCUCUGGAUUGGUUCUUUGUGCUUCAAAUCAAGAAAAUACAGCUGUAGAGCCCUUAAUUCCCCCAGAAGGAGCCAAAAUUGGGGAACGUGUUUCUUUUUCAGGAUUUGAUGGGAAGCCAGAAGAUGUUCUAAACCCAAAGAAGAAACAGUUGGAAAAGAUUACCCCGCAUUUAUACACUGAUGAGAAGGGUGUGGCAACAUACAAAGGGAUACCUUUCAUGACUUCUUCUGGGCCUUGCACAUCUUCCAUUACUAAUGCAACCAUCAAAUGAUCAUACGAUAUUUCCAGGCAAGAUCCAACCUGUGUUCAUUAAAAGGUGCUCCAUUACUUACAAACAGUUUAUCAAGAAGUUGAUGAUCUUACAUGUAUUGGCAUUUUUUUUUGGAUUGUUGAGGCUGAAUUCAUAAAAAUCAUAUUAAUUUAGAAAAAUCACAGUGAAUUCAAUCUCAGUCAUCUAAAAUAGAUCGCAAGGCUGAGAUGUGUUCAAGAGUUUUGUGUAUUUCAAAGUAAAUUUUCUCCUACAAGUUUGCAAAACUGAUAUUUGAAUAUUUGAUAGUGAUUGAUAUGUUUACCAUUGUUUCUUGUUA